AUGGGCGCGGAGGCGGAGUGCGACCGGAUAAAGGGGCCCUGGAGCCCGGAGGAGGACGAGGCGCUGCGGCGGCUGGUGGAGCGCCACGGCGCGCGCAACUGGACCGCGAUCGGGCGCGGGAUCCAGGGCAGGUCCGGCAAGUCGUGCCGGCUGCGGUGGUGCAACCAGCUCUCCCCGCAGGUGGAGCGCCGCCCGUUCACCGCCGAGGAGGACGCCGCCAUCCUGCGCGCGCACGCGCGGCUCGGGAACCGCUGGGCCGCCAUCGCGCGGCUGCUGCCCGGCCGCACCGACAACGCAGUGAAGAACCACUGGAACUCGUCGCUCAAGCGCAAGCUCGGGGCCGCCGCCGCGGGGUGGGAGGAGGGUAAUGGUGGUGAGGGAGGGGAGUACGAGCAGCGGCCGUGCAAGCGCGCCAGCCCUGGACCGGAGAGCCCGACCGGGUCGGAUCGGAGCGAGCUCAGCCACGGCGGCGGCGGCGCGCAGGUGUUCCGGCCCGUCCCGCGCGCCGGCGGGUUCGACGCGAUCUGCGCGGAGGUGGUGAGGCCGGCGGUGGCUGCGCGGCAGGACGAGGAACUGGUGACGUCGCUCUCCCUCUCGCUCCCCGGGCUCGACCACGGGUUCCACCACGACAGCGCCCGCAGCCAGUUCCAGGAGCUGUCCUCCUCCUCCUCGCCGCGCUCGCCGUCACCGCCGGCGCCGUCUCAGGCGUACCCGUUCGGCGGCGACAUGGCGGCGGCCAUGCAGGAGAUGAUCCGCGCGGAGGUGCGCAAGUACAUGUCCGGCGUGGGGAUCCCGGCCGGGUGCGGCGCCGGCGCCGUGGGCGAGGCCUGCAUCCCGCUGCUCGUCGAGGGCGUCAUGCGCGCCGCCGCCGAGAGGGUCGGCGUCGUCACACGCCAGUGAAGAAAACCGUCCAUCCGGUGCAAGAGGAAAUGCAAGUUCGCCGCAAACGCGGCGCCGCAUCGCAUCACGGCUAGUAGAUGAUCCCUGUGUAGUAGCGCCGAGCUAGUAGUUUUCUGUCGUCUGUGAGUUUGUUUUAUUCUUCGGCUGUUGCUGCUCUGAAACAGAGCAGAGCAGUGCUGAAGUUCGGAAAUGGGGAAAUGGAAAGAAGAGAACCCGAAAUGUUGAUUACCGAUGCUCCGCC